AUGUCAUACGGUCACUACCCACCUCAGAACCACUACGGCGUCUAUGGCGCACCGCAGCCGCCAGCGCCCCCGGCAGAUCCGUUUCGCGCGUGGUACGCGGACCGCCUCGCUGAGCUCACAUUCAACUCGCGCCCUAUUAUCCAGACCCUCUCGCUCGAGGCUAUGAACCAACGCGACCAGAACAACUGGAACGGAAUGCAGGCAAUUGUCGAGGAAGUUGAGGCCGCAAUUCUGAGGGCUCCACCACAGGGCAAGCUCCCCCUUCUUUACCUCCUGGACUCGAUCUCGAAGAAUGUGGGCCCGCCAUACACCGACACAUACCUUCCUUCCAUCAUGCCCCGUUUGUAUCUCCAGACCUACCGCGAGGUGGAUGGCGUGACCAAGAGCAAGAUGGAGGAGAUGCUCAAGCUCUGGCGUACAGGCGGACAACACGGUGGCGAGCUCUACCCAGCCGGCGUGCGCGAGACUGUCGAGCGCGAAAUCCUUGGAGCGGCACCACCAGUGGCCUUGACCAGAAUUGGUGUUCAGCACGAGCUGCGUGACUUCUUGCGCGAAAAGGAGGCCGAGAUGGCGCAAGAGUUCACCACCAAGCGCGCCAGGACUGUCAACGUGCUUGUCCAAAUCGACCAGCUCCUCACAAACUCUCAUGUUGCCCCCAAGGAGCUUGCAGAGAUUGCAGAGAAGGUUCGCGCUAUGAAGGCUGGGUUGGAGCCCAGCUCGUCUCAAGCAGCCCGCCUGGCGGCUCCUGCUGCUGCUGCCGCUGCCGCGCCUGGUCCUAUCCCCGCUCCUGCUCCUGGCCCUCCCCAGCCUGCGUAUGGAGGCUACGGCCCGCGCGGGGCCUACCCGCCCCCUCAACAGCAACAGUACCCACCCCAGCAGCAGUAUCCUGCCUACCCACCGGCCCAGCAGUACCCGCCUCCAGCUCAGCAGUACCCACCUGCGCCUGCCCCGCCCGUGCAGGCUCCCGUGGCCAUCCCUGCGGCCAUCCCAGCCAUCAACGUCGCCGACAUUCUGCGCAACCUCAACAGUUCUGGCGUUCUCUCGCAGCCUCGCACCCCCGAACCCUCAGCGGCGGCGAAGACCAGUCUCGACUCGUACGAGGACAUGAUCCUCGCGCUCGACAUGAGCAUCGACGUCUUUGACCUCUCAAAACUGUCUCUUCCCGUCUCCCACCUUCCAGUCCGGUGCAAGCAGUGCGGCCUCCGCUUCCCCGAAGGCGAGAACAAGCUCCAAGCCCACAUGGACUGGCACUUCCGCCGUAACCGCAAGGAACGCGAGACGGACGGUCGCGGCGCGCACCGUCGCUGGCUGCCUAGGGCCGAGGAAUGGAUCAACGAGAAUGUCGAAGGUGCUGGCCCGUCCAGCACGUCGCCCAAGAAGAGCGACUCGGCCCUUCCGGUCCUUACUGGCGAGCGUCUCGCCGCCCUCAAGCGCAAGUGGGUGCCCGCGCCUUCCGACCCCGUCAAGGCCAAGAAGCCCUGCCCCAUCUGCAAGGAGCAGUUCAAGUCGGAGUGGAGCGAGGAUGAGGAGGAGUGGGUCUUUAUGAACGCCGUCGAGACCCAGGGUACAAUCUACCACGCAACAUGCAAAGCGACGCGAAUGUCGUCGGCCGUCACCGCCCGCCUGCUUGGCAACGAGCGCGCUGGGUCCAAGUCCCCCGCCCCUAGCGAGGAUGGCAGUACGAAACGCAAGGCCAUCGACGACGCAAGUGACGCCGACGACUCGAAACGUGUCAAGGUCGAGCCGGUCGAGGGCGCCGAGGAGGCGAACCCCGAGGUGGAUGUGGAAGAGAAGGAGGAGGUUGUGAUCGACAAGGGAGGAUCCGAGGACGUUGCUGCCAACACAGCUGUGCAGGAGACCGACGCUCCUGCCCCUGCCCCUGCUCCUGCACCAGUCGUGGCACCUGCCGCGCCUAUGAUCGACGUGGCGGCGCUUUUGGCUGCCAUCGGCGCACCCAAGCCCACGCCUGCCCCCGCGGCUGAGCCCGUCGUCGCUGAAGAGGAGGUUGCCGUUAAGGGCGAGCCGACCGAGUAA